AUGCUUGAUCAGCUUGAUCUGCCUCUUCCCAAGGACGUCCCUGUGGACCACAACCAGCUGCCAGUGCCCAAGAUCAAGGAGCUGCCAGUGAUCACAGAUGGCUACCAGUGCAACCACUGCUCCUACGCCAUACCGUCAAAAUCUUCCAUGCAUGCUCACCUGAAGGACAAACACGCAGACCUCAAGGUCAGAGGCAAGUCUACGCACCCUAUCCUGCUGCAGGUCAUCCAGGAACACGGCAAGAACAAGCGCUGCAUCUACGUGCAGGACAAGCAGCUGGACCCCACGCCUCCACAGGCUAUCCUCAACGCCAACCUGAACACACGUCAGCUGGACAAUGCCAUCACAGCCAGGGCCGCUGCGUUCAUCCAGCAGGACCAAGCUGCUCUCCGUGACGCAGGUCUGCUCAACCCGCUCGUGGACACGUCCAUGCUCAGCGGCAACAUUGGUCCAUGGGCCAAGCAGCUCAAGUGGCGCUCGUACUGGGCAGGCAAGCCGCUGGCUGCCAUUGGCGCUCUGGGCACUGACACGUCAAGCUGGCCCGGCGCACACCACAACUUUGUUCACUGGCUGGCCAGAAUGGGCAAAGCUUCUGCUCAGCGUUGGAUGCAGACCUUUAUGGAGUCUGGCCGUUACAUGCAGCAGACGUUCCAUGCUUACAGUGAUGCGCCGUCAGAGCCCUACAACCUUCGGCCGCAGACCAUCAAGAAGCGUGCUGACAUGUGGGGCAACGUCCUUGCUCUGCUUGCGCACCUUGCCUUGGAUGGUGAGACCCUCCACUAUCACGGCAGCCAGGGCUGGGAUCAGCACCUUGUAGUCACAGACAACGCUACUGAGGCCAUCCACUGCCUGCGGGACCUGUCCACGCUCUUUGAUCAAGGGGACGAGGACCUGGGCACCAACCCUGAUGCACGUGCAGCUGCAGAGCAUGAAGAAGGCAUGCCCAAAGCCGUCAGUGCUGCCACAUCUGUCAUUGCCAGCCUUGAGUUCUGCAUACGCACGGUGCUGCACCACCACCUCUUCAAUGAUACUGAUGGUCAGCUACUCAAGAUGUCUACGUCUCAGACAGAGAAGGCCAUGCGCAAGCACCUCAAGGAGAACGUCUACCACAACAGCAACUCUGCCAGCGCCCACCUCCAGUCUCUCCACCGCUACGGCAAGGUGCUUGCUCAGGAUGAAGUCACGCCUUUCAUCUGCUCUUGGGCGCAUGACCUCAGCCACGUCAAGUACGGUACAGAGGAGAUCCAGAUCACACGCCUCCAAGCGCUGAUGCACGGCGCACAGGAGCAGGCAGAGCGUCACCUACGCAAGCUCUGUCUGCUGCCAGAAGACGCUACGCUGGCCGUCAACCUCCGGCAUGUCCAAGAUGAUCACCGCAACACGCAACCAGGCUUCAACUUUGUCACCGCCUCUCCAGAGCUCAGCAACCUCAGCACCGUCCUCUGCCGUGCAGUUGCUGGCAACGUACCACCUGCGCAACCGUUGCUGGACGCCUUCAGCAAGGAGCUGGAGUUUGACGCAGAGGCAGCGCAGUCCUACUUCAGCACGCACAACGAGUUCAUCAAGCUGCUGGCCGUUCUCAUUGAACUGGGCAGCGGUCUGCCUGCAAGAGGAACAGAGCUGAUGCAGCUUCAGCACACCAACACGCUCAUGGGGCCACGCAACAUCUUUGUCCAUGACGGCAGCGUCUUCACCGCCCUUCCUACCAACAAGGGCUCUGGACGGCAAAAGAUCAUCCCACGCUUCCUGCCUCACGCUGUGGGCUGCAUGGUGGUCUACUACGUCUCUCAGGUGGCGCCCUUUGUCCAUCUGCUCCACAAUGCCAUCAUCAAGCCCCGCUCUGCCUGCCACAUGCUUCUCUCUAUGCACACAGGCCGCCCACUGGACACCAACACCGUCAGCAAGAUGCUGCAGGCGCUCCACCAGCAGUACAUCAGCUCUGUCUCUAGCGGCAUGACCAUGCGCAUGUGGCGUCAGGUUGCAGUUGCCAUUGACCGCAAGCUCAUCCGUCCAGGCUCUGCCAGCGCGUCCAGCAAGGACGCAGAGGAGGACAACGAGCAUGAUCUUCAGGCAGGUCACUUGACCAGCACCGCAGAGCAGCACUACGGUCUGGAUGCAAGCAUGCUCUAUCAGCUCACCCAGGAAAGCAUGGACCGCAUGCUGGCCGUGUCAGAGCGCUGGCACAUGUUCUGGAGGAUGCGCACACGCUUCCAAGAGGACGCGCAGCCGUUCAGCCAGCUGGUAGAGCAGGGAAGCGGUGCAGAUCACGCUCAGGAGCUCAGAGGCAUCAAACGCAAGCUGGAGCUGGUGGAAGAAAGCGUGCUCACCGUCAGACGCAAGCUGGAACACCACACACCACCAUCAGUACACAGCGCAAGCAACAGCCUGCAGCUCAGUGGUGCCUCACGCUCUGCCGUCCUUCCUCCAGCUGUCAGCAGCGCCCUUUUCCAGAUCACCGGCAGCCACCGCACCAAGACGCUGGAGCAAGCCUAUGCACUCAAUGCCAUUCACGCCAAGGAGUCUCCGCUGAUCAUCAUCAUGGCCACUGGGUCUGGCAAGUCUGCGCUCUUCAUGGCUCCGCUCCACUGGCUGCCAGAGCGGUCCGUCAUCAUUGUGGUGGUGCCAUUCAUUGCGCUGACAGAUGACCUCCUUCAAGACUGUUGCCGUGUGGGCGUCUCUGCAAAGCGGUGGGCUACGCAUCAACCGUCAAGAACAGUAGCAGGUGUGGGCGCUCAGCUGGUCUUUGUUGCGGUGGAGAACUGCCACAGUGUGGAGUUUGCCAACUGGGCACGCGUCUUGCAAGAAGAGAAGCAGCUGGCGGCCAUCUUCUUUGACGAGUGUCACGUCUGCCUCACGCAGAGCAGCUUCCGACCCGCCAUGGACAAGAUCAAGGCCCUGCUGUCCUCUGUGCACGUGCAGCAGUACUUCCUCACCGCUACCCUCCCACCUUCCCUGGUGUCCAUCCUCAAGACAACGCUCCAGCUCCCGCAUGACGGCACAGGCAUGAUACGUGCCAGCACCAACCGCAAGAACAUCUCCUAUGCGGUGCAGCAGCUGACGUCAGAGGACAGCGUGUUGCUCUGUUUGGAAGAUCUCCUGGCAGCGCAUCCAACGGGAGCAGUGAUGGUCUUCUGCGUCUCCAAGCCCGCCACCACUUUCACGGCAACAGCGCUUGGCUGCCCCUUCAUCACAUCAGACAUGGACGAGACGUACAAGCAGACCACCAUCUCCACCUGGUUGCGGUGCUCCACCACAGAGACGGACAACAGCAAGCGCAUCCUUGCAGGCACCACGGCCAUUGGCACCGGCAUCAACCCACAGCACGUCAAGCUGGUAGUCCACUGCAGCAACACGUUUGACAUGAUCAGCUACGUCCAAGAGUCAGGCCGUGCAGGCCGCAACGGUGCACCAGCAACCGCAGUGCUGCUUGCGGUCAACAACACGUCCGUCCAGCAGUAUGUGGAGGAGCAGACCUGCCGCCGUUUGAUCAUCUCCACUUACAUUGACGGCAUGCCGGUCACCUGCCUCAGCCUUAGG